CGCGAGUUACCCGGAAAACUUUAUCAGUUAUCAAGACGUGCAGCUUGAUGCAGAGCUGUGGAUGUCGGCUGUUUGAAAUAAGCAAGACGAGUGACUCGUUGAUUUUAAAGCCAGAGCCAUGAAAUGCAGAGAUGAAGCCUGGGAAAUCAUCACAUCUAAAGGAUUUACUUGGAGUAAAAGAUCACUGACUUCUACAAUGGAAAAAUCAUGGAUGCUUUGGACCUUUGUCAAAAGAUGGCUACUAGCUUUGGCUUCCUGGUCUUGGAGUCUCUGCCGUAUUUGUCUUUUGCCCUUGAUAGUGACUUUUCACUUGUACGGAGGCAUUAUACUCCUUAUAUUAAUAUUUGUAUCAAUAGCAGGUAUAUUAUAUAAAUUCCAGGAUGUCCUGCUUUACUUUCCUGAACAGCCCUCUUCAUCUCGCCUUUAUGUUCCUAUGCCUACUGGUAUACCACACGAAAACAUCUUCAUCAAGACCAAAGAUGGAGUUCUUCUCAAUCUUAUUCUGCUGAGAUACACAGGGGACAAUGCAGCGUAUUCUCCAACCAUCAUUUACUUUCACGGGAACGCAGGCAACAUUGGCCACAGGUUGCCAAAUGCUCUGUUGAUGCUGGUAAACCUGAAAGUAAACUUAAUUCUGGUCGAUUAUAGAGGGUAUGGCAAAAGCGAAGGAGAAGCAAGCGAAGAAGGCUUGUACUUAGAUUCUGAGGCUGUCUUAGACUAUGUGAUGACUCGGUCUGAUCUUGAUAAAACAAAAAUUUUUCUUUUUGGCCGUUCCUUGGGGGGAGCAGUAGCUAUUCACUUAGCUUCUGAAAAUUCCCAUAGGAUUUCUGCCAUCGUGGUGGAGAACACCUUUCUUAGCAUCCCAUACAUGGCCAGCACUUUGUUCUCUUUCUUUCCGAUGAGGUAUCUUCCGCUGUGGUGCUACAAAAAUAAAUUUCUGUCCUACAGAAAAAUCUCUCAGUGCAGAAUGCCUUCACUCUUCAUCUCUGGGUUGUCUGACCAGUUAAUUCCACCAGUUAUGAUGAAGCAACUUUAUGAAUUAUCCCCAGCUCGGACUAAGAGAUUGGCGAUAUUUCCUGAUGGAACUCACAAUGACACUUGGCAGUGCCAGGGUUAUUUCACUGCACUUGAACAGUUCAUCAAAGAAGUAAUAAAGAGUCACUCCCCUGAAGAAAUGGCGAAAACGUCAUCUAAUGUAACAAUAAUAUAAUUGAUAUUCUUCUUUGGGGUGGAGUGGGGCAAGUACCUGCACUGUACCUUGAUUUGUGAUAAGUGGUAAAAGAAUGUUUGUUUUUAAAUGUAUGUCAUGUCUGUACUUGCCUAAAGAGUGAAAUUAAACUUGGAAAGGUCUGAUAUUUUAUUAAGGUGUUCCAGAUAACUUUUACAUUUGCAGCAUUGUAAAUGAACCAUUUUAUGUCUUUCUCAUACUUUUUUGGUAUCUCUGUCCAUAUAUACCACUUGUUUGAUAUGUACAACAGAUGCUAUUAAAGAAAAUUGCUACAAAAGUAGUACAGAAUGUAUUUAGAACAAUGGGAGGCUCUUCAGUAUUCACUGCUGUAUGUGUGAGCUUUUUGGACAGCCAUGGUUAGCACAAUGAUUACUUGCUUCUCUUAGAGUUCAUUUAAAGUGUGCCAUGCAUGAGAUUAGUGUUUUAUUUCUUGAAAUUUUAUAUUAUGCAAAGUGGGAAGACUUUAUUGCGCUAAAUAAUAUAAAAUAACAUAAAUGGUAAAGUAUACUUGCAGGUAUACUAUCCUGGGUUGUUACUGGUUUCUCUGGUUAUGCAAACUUAUAUAUGUCAAACUGCAGUUGAAGAUGAAAAGAUACUUUCCUUAUUUUCAUUUGCUGUUUGUAUUAUAAUAGUGCACAGAAGGUUGUAUGUGCCUGACAUUGUGACUUCAGGAUUUUACCCAGGCAAUUUCUGUAUAGGAAAUAGAAGUAACUUUUUCUGAAAGAGAUCAGUGCAAUUAAGCUCCUUUCUGCCUCAAGCUCUCCUCACUAAUGUACAGGCAAACUAUUUGGUAGUACUAGUCUGCUUGUCCAUUUGAGGUGAUAAUUCUUAAGGCAAAAUGGGUGGUCGUACAAGGUAAAAGUAGGUUUUUGUGUUCAGACUUUUACACUGGUGUAGUUAAAUGUUUGUGCCCUUUAUUUAUACCUCCUAAAGAAACAAAUUCAAAUCAUUACUAGUGAUCACAUGAUUAGAGAUAAAUGUGUACAGUUGCUACAGUAAGGAUAAUACAAGUGAGCAGGUAGUCCUAGAUGGUCCUGUCAUUGAGGGAAGGAGGGCUCUGCAGACACUGAUUGACUGGAGCAACAAGCCAAGGCCAAGGGCAUGAGCUUCAGCAAGAUGAAAAGUUGGGUCCUGCACUUGAGUCACAACCCCAGGCGGCACUACAGGCUGGGGAAAUAGUGGCUUGAGAGCUGCUCAGCAGAAAAGAGACUUGGAGAUGCUGGUCAACAGCUGCCUGGAUGUGAGCCUGCAGUGUGUCCAAGUGGGUAAAAAGGCCAAUGGCAUCUUGGCCUGUAUCAAAAAUAGCAUGGCCAGAAGGAUCAGGGCAGUGAUCCCCGUACUUGCCACUGGUGAGGCCACACCUCAAGUCCUGUGCUCAGUUCUGGGCCCUUCACUACAAGACAUUAGGGGGCUGGAGCAAGCCCAGAGAUGGGUAACAGAGCUGGGAAGGGUCUGGAGCACAAGUUCUGUGAGGAGCAGCUGAGGGAUAUAGUGGUGUGUGUUGAAUGAAAAGGUGGCUCAGGGGAGACCUCAUUGCUCUACAACACUUGAAAGGAGGCUGUAGGAAAGCGAGGGUCAGCCUCUUCUGCCAUGUUUCAAGUACAAGGAUGAGAGGAAAUGGCCUUGCAUCAAAGAAGGUUCAAAUUAGAUAUUAUAAAACAAAUUUCACUGAAAGAGUGGUUAGCCAUUGGACUAAGUUGCCUAGGCAGGUAGUGGAAUCACCAGCUGCUCUGGAAUCAUUCAAGUCAUCUGGAUGUGGCAUUUGGGGAUAUGGUUUAGGAGUGAUUAUGUUUUUGUUAGGUUGAUGAUUGUACUAGAUGACCUUGAAGGUCUCUUCCAACCUUAAUAAUUCUGUGAUCAAAGACAUGCUGUUAACUUAGUCUCUAAUGGAAUGUGGGAACUGUUUAGAUUUCUUCUGCAGGUUUAAUUACUCAUCUGCUGCAGCUGAGUUUGCCUCUUCAAAAUAUUUUUUUAAUAGAAAGAACAAAUUGGAAAAUCUUCCACACGAUCUUUAAAGCUGCCCUUUGGAUUCAAAAUUUUAAGUAAACUUUUCUGCCAUGUUGUCCUGAUUCAGAAAAGCAUCUCAGCACACACUUAAAAUCUGUUUCCUGAGGGAUAGUCACAUUUUAAGCUUGUGCUUAAGUUCUUUGGUUGAAUAAAACUGCUUUCCUGAACUGGUGCCUUAAUGGUUAUGCCUCCUAAUGGAAUUAUAGUUCUUAUGUACAUGUGGGUAAUAGCUGUCAGCAGUUUGUAGACAGGAUGAUACGUCUUUUCAUAAACGUGAUUUCUUUUUUUUUAAAUAAACAUUCACAUACCAGAA